CAGCGCGGGUGCGCACGGUGGCGGAGGGCGCUCUGUGGGCCGAGGAGCCCCCGCCUCCCGCGGUGCCCUCGGCCCCGCGCUAGGACCGCCGGCCGCGGAAACCGCCCCGAAAGAGAAGGAGAACUUGUUCGUCUCCGCCUGCCUCCACGCCGUCCGCACAUCCUCUUCCCGCGGCGCAUCCGCCCGCCCUCUGGGUCCUGCUCCCCCCCGGGGGGCUGGCCACGGCUGGAACAUUUCCCUGCUCGUUUCCCUUGGAGGGGUUUUGCCGGUAGUGGUGUACCGAGGGGAGGCUCCGUCCCUAAGGCACCCUACCUCACCCUGCGGGGGAAGGGAGCUGGGUGGGGGCAAGCCAGGAAGGGAGGAUCUCAGUGGCUCUCCUAAAAUCUAUCAGCAGGCUGCGAGGAGGGAAGAGUUUGGCACUUCGUAGGCGAGCCUGAGCUUGUUUUCCCCAGCGGUGAUGCCGCUGGACUGAGAGCGGCGCGGCCGUGCAAGUUGGGGGGACGGAGCGCCCCCUCCUUCACGGCCCCACAGACCUGGUCCAGCGCCUUCAACCCGGUGGCUCGUCCCUGCCGCCCGCUAUAUGAGACCUGGUCCGAGGACAGGACGACUCAGCGCCUGCUAGGGCUGCUUUCAGCCGCCCCCCCCGGACUUUCCCACCACCGACGACGAGCGGCACGCACCCGGGAGAGUUGUGUCGGCAGGCUCCGUGCUAUGGCGAGGCUACGGAGAAGCAAACUAGCCGCUGGAUUUCUAUUACUUUUCCAGUGCCUGAGCGAGCGCUGCCAGCUCGCCGGCGGGGAGGCGCCGAGGCAGAGCCGCGGUGUGUUUUAUGAAGUUGUUCAGAGCUUCCCUAGAAUGGAGGAAAAUAUGCAAGUGGAUUCACAUGUAAGCAUCCACAGGUGGAGAAGGCAUUCGGAGUCUCUCAAAUCAGUUGACACUAACAGAGCCAGCAUGGGACAGGAUUCUUCUGAGCCAGGGGGUUUCACGGAUCUGUUGCUUGAAGAGGGACAUGAGAACACUACCCAGAUUGAGGAGGAUACAGAUCAUAAUUAUUAUACUUCAAGGACUUAUGGCCCAUAUGAUUCUACCAGCCGGGAUUUGUGGGUCAAUAUAGACCAAAUGGAGAAAGACAAAGUAAAGAUUCAUGGAAUCCUUUCCAAUACCCAUCGGCAAGCAGCAAGAGUGAAUCUGUCCUUUGAUUUUCCAUUUUAUGGCCAUUUUCUACGUGAAAUUACUGUGGCAACUGGGGGUUUCAUAUAUACUGGAGAAGUUGUGCAUCGAAUGCUAACAGCUACACAAUAUAUUGCACCCUUAAUGGCAAAUUUUGACCCCAGUGUGUCAAGAAAUUCAACAGUCAGAUACUUUGAUAAUGGCACAGCAUUAGUUGUCCAGUGGGACCAUGUACAUCUGCAGGAUAAUUACAACUUGGGCAGUUUCACUUUUCAGGCCACCCUUCUCAAUGAUGGGCGUAUCAUUUUCGGCUACAAAGAAAUUCCUGUUGCUGUGACGCAGAUAAGUUCAACCAACCACCCAGUGAAAGUGGGACUCUCAGAUGCAUUUGUGGUUGUGCACAGGAUUCAGCAAAUUCCCAAUGUCCGUAGAAGAACUAUUUAUGAGUACCACAGGGUGGAACUACAAAUGUCAAAGAUUACCAAUCUGUCAGCUGUUGAAAUGAUACCACUUCCAACUUGUCUUCAGUUUACCAGCUGUGGUCCUUGUGUCACUUCCCAGAUUGGUUUCAACUGCAGCUGGUGCAGCAAACUCCAAAGAUGCUCCAGUGGAUUUGACCGUCACCGACAAGAUUGGGUAGACAGUGGCUGCCCUGAAGAGUCGAAAGAUAAGAUUUGUGAGAAGAAUAUAGACACGACUGAAACACCUCCAUACUCCACCACCACCCUUCUGCCAACCACCACAAAGUUCAGAGUUUUAACGACCACCAGAGGGUCCACCACUUCCCACCUGCCAACUAGCCUGCCCACAGAAGAUGACACCAAGAUAGCACUGCACCUAAAAGAUAAUGGAGGAAAUCUUGUGAUUUAAGGAAAGCCCAUACAGCCUUGGUGGUGUUCAGUAUGAUACUACAUCAGUGCCUGCUGGCAGAUAUGGAGCAUUCCAAAGCAAGAACAUAGGAUUGGAAAAGCAACAGCCUCUGAUAUAAAUAUCCCUACCAUCCUUAUGCAUUAGACACAGAAAGAAACAUAUUCUACAUUCUAUAUGCAGUAGCCAGUGGGCUACAUGCCUGAUUUUAAAGUGAAUACAAAUCAAAAGUUCUGACCCCAUCCAUUCUGUGUGAAAAAUAGUCAUGGAUUAGUAUCUUUCUUCUUUGGACAUUUAUAUUGAUAGAAUCAAUAAACUGUGUUGGUUUUGGUUUGUUUCAUUUCUCCACUACAUCCCAGUUCUGUUGUCAUCAUCUUAUUACAGUUAUCACAAAAUAUGUAAAAAGCAUCAAUCCAAUCUACAGGAUGUCAAUCGAAUAAUGGCAGAGGUUUUCCAAAGUAGCGGAACUGAAAUGUAUCCCCUAGAAAGCAAAUGUCGCUUUCUGCCUCUAGCACAAAUAAGUGCAUUCUUGCAUCAUAUUAGGCAUUAUAAAUCACAUUACGUUAAAUAAGCAUGAUGUUAAAACAGUUUAUUUAAACCAGAAGGACUAUGUGUAGGCACUUUGAUUUAUAUUGAAGUCUAACUUAUACCAGUUUAGUUUCUCUGAUUUUCUAAGCCAGAUAUAAAACAAUAUACAGAAUCUACUCUUACAGUUGUCAUGACUUUGCUGUAAAGGCACGCAUUUAACUGACAUAAACACAAUUUGUGGACUUUCUACCAGUUCAAAGGAUUAAUGUGAAAACCAUACUUAGAUCUAAAUUGAGAUUUUAUGGAGGGCUAAAUGGAUAAACUUUUAAGACAAGUAACUCUGCAAACAUUAGACAGAGCUUUAGAGAGGAACAGACAACUUGACCUGAUGGAUCCGUGUUUGCUUUCAGUAGGGUUAAGAGGAGUCAAUGGGACCACUGAAUUGAAAUUCUUAUAAUCUGAUAACUUCUUGCUGGUAACUUCUGGAUUUAGCAGCUUUCAGCUGCCCUGCCAGGCCAAGUGGCAUGGUAUAGUAUGGUACAAUAUUGAGUUUCAUGAUGGCCACUGCUUGAUGCUACUAAUGUAAUGACUUGCAUGUCUUUAAGUGACAAAACCUAAAACUAAUACUAAUGACAACUGUUGUAGUGUUAUGCGGUGAGUUUUUUAGAGCAGAAGAAUGAAAGUCCUUAGCUAACAUAUUUAGAAUGCUGUCAUCCUAUAAACAGAGGGAUUUGAUUUUAGUACACUCUCAUCCAUUUACUGCAUGAAGCAGUAGAUCAGUCUUGGUGGUGCUUACUGAGUUGCUGUGGGUCCUAUAGAAAAUUGCCAGCAAAGCCAGAUACUGAAUUCAGGAUUUGUGGGUUACAGUUCAUAAUGUUCUUACUCAAAGACCACCUUUCAUUCCUUACAUGCAAUCGAAAACCAAUUUUUAAAGCUUUGGCUGAGCCAUAACUUUAUAAAUCAUCAUGACACCAACUAAAGUGUAGCAGUGGCUUAACCUCAAAAUGUUAACAAAUGCUAAGGGAAUAAACCCACGAAUCAAGAAAAUCACACUCCAUUACUGUGAAGAAGCUGAGAAGGUCAGAGUAUGCUGUUCCUAAAAGAGGUAGAAAGAACAUUUUUACAGAGAUUCCUCUGAGCCUCUGGAGAAUCCUUCCAACUGUACAUUCCCUUAUUUCCUCCCCCAGUCACUGUAUAUAGGUCAUUAAUCAUCAGUUCAGGAAUCUGCAUUAUGUACAGGAAAAAAGCUUAGGUUGGGAGAACCAUACACCUGCCCCAUAAAACAAGCGUUCUCCUGGUAGACUCACAUUCCAGAUGUAAAUGGAGGCCCAAAAGAGGGGAAAAAUCCAGAGGAUCUACUGAGCUCAUUGUAGGCUGUCCCAAACAUUAUGUCCUCCCUCUUUGCAGGAGCAUAUUACCUCAAACCCACAGUCAUAGUGUGAUACAGCUUCCAGGCUAAAAAUGACAUACAUAGUAGAAUGGAGAGCUGGUGGAGUGAACUUGGAUCUGUAUGUGCAGGUUAUCCCCAGACCAUGCAGCAGGAGAGGGUUUCUGCUCUUUGCCCAAAGAGGAGAGCAAACGCAUAGAGAGGAGGUGUUGACAAAUAGCUUGUAGAGAGAUCUCAUGUGGAAACAGCUAUCAGACACGCUGAAGCUCCUGGAUGAGAGGAACCCAAUCAGCCAUCAGUAAAGGAUGGUAUGGAAAAGAACAGUUGUGGGUGGAAAGACAGUUGAAUGAGAUUAGCAUAGGUAAGUAAUGUAUCAGACAGAUAACAGGGAUAGUAGUGAGGAGAAAUGGGUUUGACCUGCCAGUUUCAGCUGAUUUGUCCAAACUCAGAAUGUUCCAGUACUGUCACUGACAGUUUUAUUACCCUGAAAUCAACCUUGGAGAGGGAUGAAAAUCAUUUGAUUCCUUGCUUAGAUGACUUUUUAAAAGAUUGGUAUAUAUUACUGUAGAUUUCUGAUACAUCAAAUAUAAUCUACCCUAAACUGCACAUGCCUUUGCUUAUAUCUCAAAUUUAUAUAACUAGCCAAAGUAGUAUGCAGCACCCUACCAAAAAGUAGAAAUGGACAGUGAAGAAAUCAGCUUUUAGUAUAUCUCACAUUCCCCCACAGCUCAGGACCUCAAAGAUAUUUUUUACACAGCAAAUUGCAGAACUUGCAGUCUCUGAUGGCAUCCCUGUGAGCAAUGUAAAAUGUUGUAUUGUGUUGUCACAGCAAGUUUGAAGUGCCUAAAUGAUGCAUUCUUUAGGGAUCAUCAAGUUUCUGUGAUUCUAUAAUAAUUUUAUAGUAAAAGGAAUAGUAAUAAUAAUCUAUAUCUGACUUUUACAAGCUAGUAUGUGAAGAAUAGUGGGAUUUUUGUAAGAACAAGAAGAUACUCAUUUUGCAUUAGUAUUAGUAGUAUGGCAUGAUAUACUUUAAUCAAUAAAUGUAUUUUUAUAAAGCUGGACAUGCUACAGCUUCAAAAUCACAGCCAAUACCAAAAUAGUCAUUAGCUAACAUGUACAUUGGAGAAUACAAGGGAAUGUCUUUAGUUAACAACUAAGCUAUUAAAAAAUGGCAUAUUUUCAUGGAGGCUCUGAAAAUAUUAUCACACAUUCUUUUUCUGUAAUGAUUAAUAUAUGUAGUGCAUGCUCAUAAGUAGUAAAAGAGUACAUGUCUGUACUGUAGACAUGGUUAAACCUGAACCUGUCUAUUUUUUCAGUGUGAUUCAUAUGCAGGAGCUGUUUUCAGGCACUUGUAUCCAGACUCAUUUUGCCAUAAAACUAAGGCCAUGCCAGAAACAGUCAACUUAGUAAACCAGCGUUUCUGUACCAGUAGUGCUGCAUUAACGCUCUCAUACCCAUAUGAUAGUUUCAUAUUCGUCUGUCCAACCAGCUAACAAAAUCAUGGGUUUUGAUGAACACUAAGAAUUUGUCCAAUUGCUGCCAUGUGAUGUAACCGCAAACAUUCAUUUUAUCAUAAAGCAUUCCUAUACGAGAAGAAAUUGCAGGGUUCAUUCUCUAUCUCAUUGUGACAAAUUCAGGGGAUGCCAGGAAAAUUCAUUCUUUUGGUUAAAACAGGAGAAAAAACAGAAAACCUCAGUACAGAGUUAUGAUCUUUAGGCUCAUUGCUGCUAUUCAGGUUAUCUAUAUCCCUGGCUUUGCUAGUGUAGCUAUGUCAGUCAGGAGAUUAAGAGAUUCAAAUGAGGUAUUGCAUUUUAAGCCUUGAAGACGCAUGUGCAUUAAGAAGUCAGUUUGAAUUGGAGCUUUUUACCAUCUGAUCAAAAUGCAAGAGUAAAAGGGAACAACACGGCUUUUGGAGGGAAAUAACAAAGCUAUACAAAAAGAAAUCCUGCUUUUUUGUCAGUUUUUUGUCAGUUUUUUGCUCUUGAUUCCAUGUCACUUUAUAUAAAAGAAAGUUUCUAGCCAGGAUGUACCAGAUAUUCACCUAUU